UGAUAAAUACCCGUAUUUUAUCAUGGCGUUCACUGUGAAAGAGUGCAGAUUAUGUGAAGUGGAGUGAUAACUGUGCUUUGAAGCACGGUUUUGGGGAGAUCAAAGCUGUAAAUUACUCCACGAAACCUCGUAUUCAUGGUGAUGUAUGGAAGGAAACAUCCAAGACUUAAUGAUGGGUACUAUGACAGAAACAAACCGAGUCCAUAUCAGAAUAUGGAUAGAUACCCAUCAAGCAAUGCAUCAGCCAAUUAUGGAGACCGUUUUAGUGAUAGAAGAGACUCACCAAACUUUAAAAGAUACAGGAACGACAGUCCAAAUACUCGAGAUAGUAGGGACAGUCCAAGAUAUGCCAACAAAUCCAGUUACGUGGAAAGACAAAAAGACAGAGUGGAAAGAGGAUCCAGUGGUACACCAGACAGGAGGCAGAAUGCGGUGUACAGUGAUAGAGGAGAUGAUGAUAGGCAUAGCAAUCAUGUUGAUAGGAAUCACAGAGACAAGGAGCCUAGGAAAGAGAAGGACAAGGAUGUGCAAAAAGCAGCAUUGCAAACAGUUGGGGAUUGGUCAGAACAUAUUAGCUCCUCAGGCAAGAAAUACUAUUACAACUGCAAGACAGAGUUUUCACAGUGGGAAAAACCAAAGGAAUGGUUGGACCUACCAAGCUCCAGUAAAGAUGCAGAAAAGUGUAAUAAUGAUAAGCCCCUUCAAACAGCACCAACUAACAGAGCCACAGAAAACCGUUAUAAACAUUCCACAAGUGGUAGUGGUGGUGGCCAUGGAAAUGAUAGACCUUAUGAAAGGAACCAUAAACCCUCCCCAUCAUAUACACAGACUGCAUCUUCAAGCAGCUCGAGGCAUCCAGAGUCGGGCAGACAAAAUUCACACGAUAGAUACAAAAAUUCCUCCUCUAUGGAAUCUAGAAGUAGUAAUCAGGAGAACAAUGCACAAAGGCCUGUUUCAUCACAUCAGUCAAGAACUGGAACAUAUGCAGACUAUUCAGCACAUGUGCCCAGCCAGUCAAGUGCAGAUUAUAGAAAAAAUACACCCCCAUACUCAAGAGGGUGGUCUAGUAAGGAUCAAAAUGGACCUGCAGAUACUAAUGGCAAUAGGAUUCCUACUGUUAUAUCAAAACCCACUCAUACAAGUACAGAAAACAGGAGGAAUGAAAAUGAAGAUAGCCGACAAAUGGAAGACAUGGACAUUUCUCCAGGGAGCUCUCCCAGCAACUCUCAGUCAAACUCUAGACCCCUUUCACGGUCCACCACGCCAAUUGUCGCUGCUAGCACACCAAGUUCAGCCACCCCCACUUGUAGCGUAAGCAAACCCACCUCCAGUCCUGGAUCUGGAAUGAAUCAGCAACAUCUAGGGGCUGGUGUCAAUGCUUUACCUCAGUUAAUAUCCCAGCUAGGAGAGAAGGCCCUGCAGAAUAUUGAUAGGCAAAAGUUGACAGAACAAGCUUUGCAAACGCUUCAGAAGCUUCAGCAGGCUUUGUUGAGCAGACAGACUACAUUAGCACAAAACACUCCAGGCCACUCCCCUAGGACAAGUGCAGUUGAUGUUCCUAGUUCAUCCCCAUACCACCCAUCAGUUCAUCAAUCCCCAUCAGUUAAUAGCUCUUAUCAGAAGCCAGUAGUUUCCCGCUUACAGCCUGAAGAGGACAGUAGGGGAGGGAGAGAUAGCCCGCGGUCAGAACAUAGUGUACGGUCUUCAGGGAGGGCUAGUCCUACACCCAGCCACAGUAGUGUCCAGGGUGUAUCUGUGCCAUCCUUGUCAGCUGUCAAGUCCUCUACACCACAGCUGGCACCUUCUUUAGCCAACUAUUACAAAGAAAAGCUAACUGAGCAUGUGAAAGGGUGGCAGGCAGAUCAUGCUGAAAGACAGGCAAAUCGUUAUGCUGAGGAAGCUCAUAAUGUUGGCAGCCUCUUGUGUACCAAAGUUUCAACAGAGUUGAAGAAGGCCAGGUCAUUAGUCAGGGUUGAUGAAAUUCAAGCCACAAUUCAAGAACAAAGAAUACUGUUCCUAAGGCAACAAGUGCUCGAGUUGGAAAAAGGGCCAAGUUCAUUUAUGUCAUCAAAUCAGACAUCAUCAUCAACCACAUAGCUACAGUCCAUAUAUGGGACUUCUUUUUUUCGGUGACCAGCAUUAUGAAACACUGAUCACUGUCCUGAAAGGAAUGUGUACUGGUUAACCCUAGAGUUGAAGCCCAGGGGUUUGGAUUGAUGGAUAGAAGGCAGUUGCUACCACCAGUGCCAAAUGAAGCUAGGUCGAGCUGCAUUUCUUUGUGACUUGAGUAAAUGUUCACGGGUGUUCAAAGAGCCAUAGCUGUUUGUUAAAGGAUGCUCUUUUUUUUAGGGUUAGGAAAGGUGAUUUUGUUAUAAUGUUAAGGACUGCAGCAUUUUAUUCAGUCCUGUGAAAUACAUGAGCAGUCUUGCUACAAAGAGUUUAUCUCAGAUAUAAUGUGCAACCUUUACUGUAUGUACAGCAAAGCAAAAACUAAAUGGUCAUCUAAUGGUAAAAUAAGAGUUCACGAUACUUCAUUUUUCAGUUCUUUGUGAAAUAAGGUCAACAGGCCAGGUUUUUCUUUUAAUAUCAUUAUAUUUGUUAACCUAAAGCUCCGGUGGAAAACUGUCCUCAUGAGUAGACGGCAUAGAUUUGAGGUGCCAUUUUGUGUGACACUUCAAAGACCUGCUAUAGAGGGUUAAACUUCUCUCAUCGCUGCACUUCGAUUGUUAUGAUACCCUGUCUGAAUAUCUGAACAAAUUAAAGUUUAACUGUGGUGAAGCUGGUCAAGUAAAAGUUUUUUUUUUUUUUUUUUUUUGUCCAGCAUAAAUAAAUAUGUAUGUAAUAAUUAUCUUCCUGUUGAAGUGCACAGUAUAAUAAUUCUGCUUGCUGGUCUUUUAACAUUGAUAUUUGACUGGGUAGACAUGAAAGAUCAAUUGGUUUCCCUACUUAUUUGCAUGUGCAUUUUGUAUCUAUUUAUCAUAUGUCACAGGGAAGAAAGGUAAUACUUGAAAGUGGUAUUAUUUAUCAUCACCGAAACUUUUAAAUUGUAAAUUUUGUACAGAUUUUAGUGUUAAGCAGAUGUAAGAUAACUUAGACAUUGUUGCUAGCUGUAUUGUAGUGGUAGUCCUGCCUGCAUUUAACUGGCUGAUAAAGGGAUAAAAUGCAUGAGGUACAGUGACAUGAUACAAAAAAAUAUACCACAAAAUGUUAAAUUGGGGUUAUAUGAAAUGCAAGGUUUUGUUUAUGUACUGUUGGCUAUAAAUGAAAAUAAAUGACUACUCCAGAUAA